AUGAGCGAGGUUUUUGAAGGUUACGAACGCCAAUAUUGCGAGCUUUCUGCGAAUUUAUCGAAGAAGUUGACGUCGGCCAGUUUACUUGACGGAGAGCUGAAGAAGCAAAAAAUCUCUGAAGUAAAAACUGGAGUAGAUAAUGCAGAAGCUCUGAUUCGGAAAAUGGACCUUGAGGCCCGUGGUUUGCAACCAAAUGUUAAAGCGGUGCUGCUUGCUAAACUAAGAGAAUAUAAAUCUGAUCUUAACAAUUUAAAAGGUGAAAUUAAGCGAAUUGCAUCAGCAAACCUAAAUCAGGCUGCCCGAGAUGAGUUGCUGGAGGCUGGGAUGGCUGAUACAUUAACAGUAUCCGCUAGUCAGAGGGACAGAUUGUUAGUGUCAACUGGAAGAUUGAACAAGUCCAGUGAUAGGAUUCGUGACAGUAGAAAGGUCAUGCUGGAGACAGAGGAUCUUGGCGUCUCACUUCUUCAAGAUUUGCACCAACAGCGACAGUCUCUCUCACAUGCAAAUAACACGCUGCAUGGUGUAGACGAUAACGUAAGCAGGAGCAAGAGAAUUAUAACAUCCAUGUCAAGGAGGAUGAACAGAAACAAGUGGAUUAUUGGUGCUGUAACGACGGUACUAGUCAUUGCUAUCAUUGUGAUAUUGUAUUUUAAACUUUCCAAGUAA